AUGGAGUUUCCUCAGCACUCCCAGCAGCUUCUUUCAGCUCUUCGCUCCCAGCGGCAGCGUGGCUUCCUGUGCGACUGCACCGUCAUGGUGGGAUCAUCCCGUUUCCUGGCUCAUCGGGCGGUGCUGGCCUCCUGCUCACCCUUCUUCCACAUGUUUUACUCAGAUUCCCUGAACAGUACCGGUACAAAUGCUUCUGGCAGCUCCGUCACACUUGACAGCGACAUUGUCACGGCGGCUGCCUUUAGCCUUCUCCUGGACUUUGUUUAUGAAGGGGUGCUUCAGCUGGAGAAGUCUCCACCAUUGGAGGAUAUACUAGCAGCGGCAAGCUUCCUGCACAUGAAUGAGGUGGUGAGAGUGUGCAAAAGGAGACUGCAGAGACGAGGGCCCCUGGCUGAAGCAGAUAGCACUCGCUGCGAGGAGAACACUGGGGCAAGGAAGCUAAUAGAACCAGGGAGAGGGGAUGAGAGCGAUGGUGGAACUGAGCCCGUGGUAACCAUGGCAGUAGAUCUCUUGAAUCCCAUCACCAUGACAACAACCCUCUCAUCAGUGUCUGUAAUGGCACUACAGAGUACGUUGGAGUCUGUCAAGUCUGAGCACAGGAAUGAUACAGAUUCAUCAGAGGUACGAGUUCACACUCCCCUGAGUCCUGAUCACGCUGACACCACCCAGCCUGGCAUGGAUGCCUCUCCUCAUCUACUCUGUGGAGGAGAACUGGCGCAAGGAGUCACUUUGGGACAGUCAAUACAGGAGUCGGGAGGUCCCAACAGGUUGAGGGGUGGCAGUCAGGGUGAAGUCUCAGCUCUCUGCAGCCCAUGCAGCACCACUGAGACAUACAGCAUAAACCAGCAGCCUUCCUCAUCUUCCAUAGUCUCGGAAGUCCAAGCUGGGUGUUUGUCAGUGGUCAUUCUUCCCCAAUCAGAACCCAAUAACUCCACAGGACUCCAAACAGCCCAUGAGAAAGACACUUCAACAGGACCAUCAGAGUGUGAUCGCAGAGAUACUGCAGGUGGAGAGCAACACACGGUCAGGGUGGCGCAUGCACAAAAUGAGUCAACACUCUCACUGUUACAGCAUUCACGUGCUAGUAUUCCAGUCCAGGGCACAGUCUCACUACAACGUGGAGGCCAGAACUCCUACUUCUCCACGCCUCAGACGUUUCAAAACGUGGCUGCCCCUGAGAGGGACACAGGAAGCGCUUCUUCUCUUCAACAGUUAAGGAGUGAGCACAAUGAAAGUGGCAAUCCAAAAGUCAAAGUGGAGGCCAUUGUUAUUUCUGAUGAGGAACAGGAAGAGGACGAAGAGCCAUGUAAAGCGAGCAGGCCGGUAAUGGAUGUGGACGACGACUUUGAAGAUGACAUUCGAGAUGAGGAGUUGAACACACUGUCCUCCCGCCAAAUGACGUCCGACUACACCUUCCCUGUCUCCCCUUCAUCCUCUUCUUCGCUGGCCGCCUCAUUCCUUCAACCUCCGUCCACCACGCAGCAAUCCUCUGAGCAUCAAGCCACCUUUUCAACAGACUUCCAGGACACCAUGGGGGGAAUUGAGGAUGUCCCGACGUGCUGCGUAUGUGGAAAAACUUUCUCUUGCACGUAUACACUAAGACGCCAUGCCAUCGUGCACACGAGAGAGCGCCCAUACGAGUGUCGCUUCUGCUACCGCAGCUACACACAGUCCGGAGAUCUCUAUCGACAUAUUCGCAAGGCUCACGAUCAGACACUGCCUCCCAAACGCAGCAAAACUGAUAUGGACCAAUAG